AGUAUGAUAUUUACAAAGCACCAGACAGAGAAUGAAAUAGAUGAAAUUCAUAGAGAUUAUCGAAAGAAACACAAAGCUGAAUUUCAGCUUUUAAUUGACCAAAUGAAAAAACGAAAGAAAAAUGUAAGCAAAGAACAGAUAAAGGAAGAAAAACCGGAGCAGAAAGAAGCAACUACUGAAAGUGGAGAAAAAUUAAGGGUUCAAGAGCAAAGUGAUCUGGCCUCUGUCAGCAAUCAGUCUCCCGAAGCUGCAGCCUGCGAAGAAAAUCUCUCUCUUUUUGCUGCCUGUCACUCUCCUGCAUCUUCAAACAGAGUGAAAGGACAGGCAGGCAGCAACCCUCCACGUGUGAAAGAGAACUCCUGCACCAGGCAGCUGGAACCAAACAUGGAUCCCAAAUAUCCGAGCCCCAUUCCUGCAACCCACUCAAGUUCAGACAUCAUAAGAGAUUUAGAAAUUGCUGGGAUGUGUUCAGACUCAUCAGAUAAAAAAACAAGUGUGAAAACGACCAAACAAAAAUCACAACAUUCUAGGAGCAGCUCGCCAAUAUCCAAGAGUAAGCGAAGAAGAAAGUAGCAGACAUGCUAUUUUGUUACAAAAAUUUCCAAAAUGGCUUUACUUCUAAAAAUUUAGAAGCAUAUCUGUUGUCAAAUUCCAUCCCCAGCAAUGAACGUUGCUUUACAAUAAAUCUACUUUUCCUGUUAAUAGCUGUAUAUUUAAGGCGGAAGAAAGUACUGUAUUACAUUCAGAAUGUAAGCUUUAGAAUAUAUGCUGUUUUACAAGAUCAACCUUGUCUUAACUAUAUGUAUAGUGGACUGCAAUUACUAUCAUCUUCAGUGAUGCUCUUAGGACACCAUUUAAUUCAAAGUAUUUAAUUAGAAAAAAGUUGAUUUAGGUAAUUUUCAUUUUUUUCUUUACCUCCAUUUUUAGCACUUAUGAAUAUGGUUGAAUCAUUAUUCUGGAUAUAUUUUGUAGCACGAGUUGUACCAUGGUUUUAUUUUUCAUAUAGUAAAAAAAAAUCAGAAAUAUUGUAUGUAUGUAAAAAAAAUGAAAACUUGCUAUUUGCCCUGAGAGUAUUGCUUUUUCAACUGUCUUCCUCUUUAUUUAUUCUUUGACAUCUAUAUUCUUAGUACAAAAUUCUGUAAAUUAGAAUUUCUAGACUAAAAGAAAUUCAGACAAAUGAAAUUAAUUCCAGAAUGAAUAUUUUCAUCUGCUAUUUCUUGAUAAAAUGAUUUCAAGAUCAUGCCACAUGAGAUUAUAAUUAUGUACUGAUAUUUUGCCAAACUUAAAUAAUUUAGCAACACGGCUAACAAAAUGUCCACUCCUAUGCAGCGAUUUAGAUUGCAUGACCUGGAAAUCAUUUCAUUACAAAAUUAAUUUAAUUAAUUAUUCAACUGCCCAACACUUUCACUGCUGAAAAAAUAGAAAAGGGCCUAUUUUCUGUUUCCACCACCACCUUCUCCAAAUGGAGUGUUGGGGAUUCUAGAACAGAUGUGGGGGAAUAAGAAAUUUAAGAGGGAGGACAGGAAAUUAGGAUCUUGUUACACAGAACAUCUCCUUGCACAACUUUGGAUUUCUCUCUCAGUUUAUGUGUUCUAAAAAAAUUCAAUCCUGUGAUGCAUGCUAUAUAACAAAUUCUGCUUCUAUCACUCUCAUAUGCAGGAGUAUAUUGAUGAGACUACUAUUAAUGCUAAAUAUUUUUCUGUUCAUACACCCGUGCACACAAACAAACAUGAAAUUCGAUAUUGAGCAUGGUUUAUAUACUUUUGCAUGCUAUGUAAUGAAGGCUUUUCUAAUCCCAAAUCAUAACAAUU